AGUAUAAAUUGAUAUGACGUCACUUCCUGGUUUGUGAAAUGGCGACGUUCAUGUUGUAAGUCGAUAGCCAGGAUUACAGUCUACGUCUCUAAAGUUCUCUAAUUUUGGUGAUCCUACCAAGGUAAGCAAAACAUGCAUUUUUAUCUAGAGUUAGUUGUACGGUCUAGGUUUUCUCGUCAUACCUUCGUCGCUUCCCUGAAUUAUGAAUAGGGACGCACCAAAGUUAGCUAACGUUAGCUAACCAGCGUGUUGAAACCUUUGUUUUUGUCAAUAACUUCAAGCCAGCUAGCUACACCAUCAGCCACAUUUCCCUACAGGAAUAUGCAGCACUUUAUGAAAGCAACGUUUUCGUUUAAUGGUAACUAGGUGACUGCUCCAGCUAUGUGUCGUGUGUUCUUCCAACUAGUGACCCAAUCACAGUAAUCAUGCCGGAGGAAGAAGAGGCAGCGACGGCUGCAACCAACGCCGAGGGGGUGGUGGGUCUGGAAGAGCCCAAGAAGAUGACCAGAGAGGACUGGCGGAAGAAGAAGGAGUUAGAGGAGCAGAGAAAACUGGGAAAUGCUCCUGCUGAGGUAGAUGAAGAGGGAAAGUAAGUGAAGUUAGCUGAUCCAGUUCACAUCAGAGUGGGGCAGACAGCCAGAGGAACAUUUAAAUGCAUGUAAACAACCUGUGACAAGAUGUUUGGUCACACACAGCCCAUAACUGGACAUCAUAGUCUCUCUGUCUGUUUGUAUGUAAAGAGAGGGAAUCCUCACUGUUUUCCAGGCCUUUGGGCUAGCUAGUCACACCUUUCCACACAGAAGAAACCAGCGGGCCAGUGAUGUUCUCCUUUUCUAGACGCAUAGUGUGCUGACUAAUUGUUCUUCCUCUUGUUUCCAGGGACAUCAACCCUCACAUUCCACAGUACAUCUCGUCAGUGCCCUGGUACAUCGACCCCUCUAAGAGACCCACCCUAAAACACCAGAGGCCCCAGGAGGAGAGGCAACAACAGUUCUCCUCCAUAGAGGAGUGGUACAAGAGAGGGGUGCAAGAGGUGAGCAGGCCUUGCUCAUCCACAUUUAGUAAAAAGAGCUGAUUCAGUAUUGUAAUUCAGCUGUCUUCCAUUGUAAAGCCUUAACUACAAUAAAUAGUGUUGUGCAUGUUGCAAUUAAAGCCACGAGCUGAGUUAAGGCAUGAUUCAGUUGUUUUCUGUUCUAAAGCCUUAAAUGUAUGCCUAAUCCCUGACCCUGUAUCCCUCUACAGAAAGCCAUCAGCACCAAGUUCAGGAAGGGAGCAUGUGAGAACUGCGGUGCCAUGACACACAAGAAGAAGGACUGCUUGGAGGUGCUUACAGCAUUUAGUUGUAUUUGUUUGUAUCCCAAAUGGUAUUCUAUUGCCUUUAUAAAAGAAGUGUACUAUAUAGGGAAUAGGGUGCAAUUUGGGAUGUAGCCAGUGUUAUGUGUUUGGUUUGGAAUCAAUGAUGAUGCUCCAUUCAUCCGUCCCUACCCUCACCCCUUUUCAGCGGCCCAGAAAGGUGGGGGCAAAGUUCACGGGUAACGGCAUGGCCCCCGACGAACACAGCCAGAUCUACCUGGAUCUGGACUACGAUGGGAAGAGGGACCGCUGGAACGGCUACGACCCUGAGGAUCACAUGCGUAUUGUGGAGGAGUAUGCCAAAGUAGACCAGGCCAAACAAACACUGAAAUCCCAGAAACUCCACGAGGAGCUAGCUUCAGGGAAACUCACGGACCAAGCAGUAAGCCGUUGGAUCUUCUCACGUGGCUGUGCUGAAUACCGCUGAUUAUUACUAUUUAGUUUUCUGGUGGUGCGUGUGUUGAUAUGCUCGUCUCUGUUUCCUGUAGAGCUCCUCCAGGAAGUGGGAUGAUGGCGAACGCACACAGGAGCAGAACAGUGAGGAUGAAGAUGAAGAUAAGUAUGCUGAUGACAUCGACAUGCCGGGACAGAACUUUGACUCCAAGAGACGAAUCACAGUCAGAAACCUGCGGAUCAGAGAAGACAUCGCUAAGGUGAGUCCAUUCAUACAUGUUACCUGCGGAUCAGAGAAGACAGGUCCCGUGUGGCUCAGUUGGUAGAGCAUGGAGCUUGCAAUGCCAGGGUUGUGGGUUCGAUUCCCACGGGGGACCAGUAGGGGGAAAAAAUAUAUACAUGUAUGCACUCACUCUGGAUAAGAGCUUCUGCUAAAUUACUAAAAUGUUAAAUGUAAGGCAUUGCUAAAGUGAGUCCAAUCAUACAUGUUGAAGCUACCUUGGGCUUCUCAAUCUGUUCUUCCCCUCAUCCAAAGUUACACAUUUGUAAUUAUGACAAGUUUUGAUGAAGAAGUAUUUGUUAAUUUAUGCGUCUGUGUACUUUGUGCCCCGUAGUACUUGAGAAAUCUGGAUCCAGACUCGGCCUACUACGACCCCAAGACUCGAGCCAUGAGAGAGAACCCCUACCAGAACACUGGCAUGGUCCCUGAAGAGUAGGUCACUGUUCCUUUAACUAACAGUUUGUAACCAUAGUGCUGAGCGACUAACCAAGAUUUCCAAAAUUGGUUAAACUAUUUGCAUUUUAUUUCGUUCGUUUUUCUUUUGUGUGAGCUCAAUGAAAUGCAGACUUGGAAUGAAAUAAUAAAGCCAUCAAAUAAAACAAAGGUAAUAUACACAGCAACUGAAAUAUUUUAGUAAUGUGAAUAAAUGGUUAAUAAGUGAUAAGCAGUAAUGGACAGUCACUACCAUCAUGGGACUUUUAUUCAUUGUUUUAUUCUGUGUUACAGCAUUCAACCCACAUAAUGCAUAGUGCAUUUAAUGUUAGAAAUCGAAAACCAUGAUUCUUUUUUAAUCAUCUAAAUCAAAACUGAACCGACCUCAACAAGCACUAAUCUCUCAGCACUAUUUAACUCAUGUUCUGUAAACUACAUGAGACAACCCCUACCAGAACACAGGCAUGGUGUCUGAAGAGUAGGUCACUGUUCCUUUAACUAACAGUCUGUAACUUCAUGUCAUGAAUCUCUAAUUACAUAUCAUGAGUCUUAAACUACAUGUUAUGAUUUUGUAGUUCCAUGUUCCAAAUCACUAAAUACAUGUCAUGGAUUGCUGAAGUGACAAUGCUAAUCUUUUCUUUCUUUGUGACGUGUCUGAGAGAAUGCUUUGCCGUCACUGAGAUCGCCUGUGUUCCUAAAUGUGUCACUCUCCGUCAUGUUUGUUUGGCAGUGUGGGAUUCGCAGGAGACAACUUUGUACGUUACUCUGGAGACACCGUCACCAUGGCCCAGACACAGCGUGAGUCAGUUUCUUUCCUGCACACAACCCAAUCUUCCUGAAAUACAUUCAUAUCACAGAGUCUCACAGAGACUCAACAUCGCAAGACUUCCGGGAACGCUUGCAAAGCAGACUCGGCAGACCAGACCGGGUUUUGAGAAGUCAAUUAGAGAAGUGAAAAAUUCUUAUUUUAUUGUACAUUUUCUCGAUUUCUAAAGCCACAACCUUGAUUUGAGAUAAUGUCUUAAAGGGAUACUUCAGGAUUUUGGCAAUGAAGCCCUUUAUCUACUUCCUCAGAGUCUAGAGCAGGGUUCUCCAAUUCCGGUCCUGGAGGGCCGAAACACCCCUGUUUUACAUCCUCUCCUUCUAAUCAGGGGCUAAUUCAGACCCGGGACACCAGGUGAGUGCAAUUAACUACCAGGUAGAAAUAAAAAAACAGAAGUGUUUCGGCCCUCCAGGACCGGAAUUGGAGAACCCUGGUCUAGAGGUAGUAUCGAGAGCCAAUGCUAACUAGCGUAAUGCUAGCUGUUCCCAUAGACUUCCAGUCAACGCUAGUUAGCAAUUGCAACUUUCUUCAGAGACAUAAAAACGGUAUCCACGAGUUCAUCUGACUCUGGGGAAGUAGAUAAAGGACCUCAUUGCCAAAAUCCCGAUGUAUCCCUUUUAAGGAGCUGAACAUGUUUUUACUCUAACCUUGUGAAAGUUACAAACUGACACAUUUUUAUAUCGAAAGUAGUGCUUUUGAUUUGACGGCAUGUACAUGCGCGACACGGCCGUUAGACCCGAUUGUGUGUUUCUGCGCAUUGACCUUAGCUAGCUAACGUCGCCAUGACAUCGCCUACAAGUGUGAUCUGGGAUUUCUGUUGGAAAACCAGUUUCUACAUGUCUUCAUACUAAACCAUCUUCGUUCAUAUUUUCUCAAUAUCUCCCAGGAGAAUUAGUUGCACAUUAAAAUGGUAUCCAUAGAGAUGGCAUCCUAAUGCCAAUAUUCUUCAUAGUUCGUUUAGGAAAGGGGUUGUAUGGAGCUAAACACACGUCCUGCCCUCUCCUCCAUCUCUCCAGUGUUUGCGUGGGAGGCCUAUGAUAAGGGCUCUGAGGUGCACCUCCAAGCCGACCCCACCAAGCUGGAGCUGCUGCACCAGUCCUUCAAGGUCAAGAAGGAGGACUUCAAGGACAAACAGAAGGAGACUAUUCUGGAUAGGGUACUGAAUAAAUACACUGCGCUCCGUCCUCACCAGCCUCUUUUUGUCGUUAGAGACCUAGGAUUUCAAUUAACAUUUUAAACUGCAUGCAGAAAGUUGUGUAGCCCAUAAGAAGUGUCAUCAAUGUAAUAAGCAUGAAUUCAAGUUCCUCAUACAGCAGGGUUUGGAUUAAUUCCACUAAUUCAGUUCCCUCUCCCUGUAAAUUAAAUUCUAAUUCCAGGUCAGUCUAUGAUUUCAGAGAAUUCAAAUCCUCUCAAUUCCAAUGUUAGGUAAAUUCCAAGAAUUCAAUUCACAAUGUAAUAUUAUUCCAAACAAUUCCACAAAUUCAAUCCCCUCACGGUUCAGUCACUGUUUAGACAGCCUAGCUAUACUGGAAAUAUAGAAAUACAAGUUGAAAUAAUUAAAAACAUAUCCUGCAGUCCAUUUUUGAUACUAAGUGCAUUCAUUCCUUUAACUGGGAAAUGUACAAAUAUUGAAUUUCAAUUUCAAUUCCAAAGAUUAAAUGUUUUUACUAUUCCAACUCAAACAGUCCAAACAAGUCUAAUUUCAAUUCCAUAACGUAAAGAUUGUUGAAAUUCGAAUUGAAUUCAAUGUAAAUUAUUCACUUCAUGCGUGAAUUCAAGAAUUGAAUUGGAAUUUCAAAUUAAAUUUGAAUUGACCCCAACCCUGUCAUACAGUAGUUAAUGAUAUAAUUGAAUAACUGUUUCAUUCUUGUUUGUUGAUGGUCCUAUUGAAUAACUGUUAUUCCUGUGUGUUCUAACUGUUAUUCCUGUGUGUUCUAACUGUUAUUCCUGUGUGUUCUAACUGUUAUUCCUGUGUGUUCUAACUGUUAUUCCUGUGUGUUCUAACUGUGUGUUCUAACUGUUAUUCCUGUGUGUUCUAACUGUGUGUUCUAACUGUUAUUCCUGUGUGUUCUAACUGUUAUUCCUGUGUGUUCUAACUGUUAUUCCUGUGUGUUCUAACUGUGUGUGUCUCAGUACGGGGGUGAGGAGCACCUGGAUGCCCCGCCCAGAGAGCUGCUUCUGGCCCAGACUGAGGACUACGUGGAGUACAGUCGUCACGGUGCCGUGCUGAAGGGACAGGAGAAGGCUGUGGCACGCUCCAAAUACGAAGAGGACGUACUCAUCCAGAACCACACGGUCAGGCUUCUAGAACUGACUAACCCCGGAAAGAUGAGCACAGUCAGAAUAGUGUCCAGUCAGACAGGAACCUUUUUGGAGUGUUCUUGAACAGCCCCCUUGUGGAGGAGCACAGUGCCGCUGUUACAAUGACUUUGUCAGACAAUAACAAUUUGAGUCUGCAAGAACUGUGCCAACUAAAAAAGAGUAAAGGACAGUAUUAAUGCUGUACAGUAGCAUCUAUUCAGAUACUUACAGGGGUUUCUGUGUUUUUGUCUUGCAGUGUAUCUGGGGGUCCUACUGGAGAGAAGGCUGCUGGGGCUUCAAGUGCUGCCACUCCAUGGUCAAACAGAGCUACUGCACCGGAGAGGCUGGCAUCAAAACUACGGUCCGUAUUCUACUAAUCAUCAAUAGUGUUUGAGCCUUUGGGUAAUGUGAUUUCCAUAGUCAAUUAUAAACACUGUUUUUGUUUUGUUGGGAUGAGAUGAUUGACAGGUGUCUCCCCCUAUAGAGCUCCUCGGCCUGUGUUCCGUUUGAAGAGGGACUUGAGCAGGAGGAAGAGGAGGAGCCGAAGACUCUACUGGAGAUGCACAGGGAGAAGCUAAAAGAGAAGAAGAAGAAGAAGCAGAAGAAGAAGAAGAAGAAGAAGCAUGGCUCAGACAGCAGCGACUCUGAGGAGGAAGAGAAGAAGAAACUGAAACUGAACAAGGUGAACUUAUUUUCUUUGAUGUGCGCGUGCAUGCCUGUGUUUAUGUAUAUGAUAUUAGGUAGUCAGUCCCUUUUGCCUGUGUGUGUACUCCUACCUCCCCCUCUCUCCCAAACACAUCCCCACAAGACACACACCCCAUCCUCUCACCACCCUCUCUCACCCACCUCAUCUCCCUCACUCCCCUCUCUCUCUCUCCUCAAUCACCCACGCCUCUCUCCCCAAAAAAAACCCCUCCCGGCCCAAAAAAAGAAUAAAACACUCCCCUCCCCUUUUCCCCCCCUCUCCUCUUCCCCCAUCCCCCCUCUCUCUCUUCCCUCACUCCCCUCCCUCUCUCCCUCACUCCCAUCCCGCUCUCACUCCCCUCCCUCUCACCACCUCUCCCGCUCUCAAUCCUCUCCCCUUUCCCUCACUCACUCCCCUCCUCUCUCGCUCUCAAUCCCCUCUCUCUCUCUUUCCCUCACUCCCCUCCCUCCCCUUUUCAUCCCACCCCGCUCUCAUCCCUCCCUCUCUCUCACUCCUAUACCCCUACUCCCCUCGCCUCCUCUCACUCACUCCCCUACCUCUCCCCCCCCCUCCCUCUCUCCCCCAGGGCCCCGGCUGCAGAGGAAGGUGCGUCUGAAGCAGGUCGAGGAGAUGAUGAAGGUGGAUGAGAGGAAGAGGAAGUACAACAGCCUGCAGGAGAUAAAGGACCCCACGGGGGAGGGGGAUGGAGGGCCUUCAGGAGAAACGCUCCAGAGAAGACGCCCCAUGGCCAACUUCCUGGAUGGACAGGGGAAA